AUGUGCAUGGACCGUCUUGUUGAAAGCUAUCCUACUGGCGAUCCUGGAGACGCAUGCAGGAUUCUCGGGCCAAUUGCGAUAAUGCAGGCCGAUUUGGAAGAGAUAUCAGAGUUCGGCUUACAAACUAGUAUCUUCGGAAGACCAACGCCAAUCUCUCGGCUGCACCAUACAGUCAGUAGUCUACAUCAUUUCGAAUCGGGCCAUUGGGUCUCAACUUACAAGUCCAGACCUGCUGCCUUUUUCUUCACAAGUGGUGAUUUCCAUUCGGACCAAUUCAACAAAGCCAUAGCCGGACGGAGAGACUUCGUGCGGAGUUGUAGACGUGGUCAUGCAGAGAGGAACUACUCGGGCUUUUCGUUGGCCGACGGAACGAUUAUAUGGACUCUGAAAUACGUACCUUUGGCAGCGAGCCGUUGUCUCAUCUUUCUGAGAGUUAUACGCAUGCAGAAAUUUUCUGACCAAGUCAAAGAAAUGCCUAGAAGAGAGCGUAGGGUCCUCGAGACCCUUUUGUAUGCCCUUCCUUUCUUGCUUGCUCAGAAUUUAGUGCCUGCUAUUCUGAUCCUGAAAACAAAAAAGAAUGCGGUCCUCAGGUACUUGUGGAUUUUCUGGUCCGUCUUUGUUUUCUAUCAAUGGCUGCAAAUCCCGAUAUCGCACGGUGAGAGUGGCACAUACGUCGCCAAGGUGGGAGUCCAGCUAUUUAUAGUGAUCCUCCAGGGCUUCAAUCUUGUGUUGAUCAACCCGCUGGACAGGGACGAGCUUCUUCAGACAAAAGUUACUGGUCCAAGAGAUGAUUUGCUGCGACAGGUGUACAAAGUUGCUCGUCUGUUUACGUAUCUGCGGGGCGUGCGGACACCAUGGCAGGUGAAAGGGAUCCCAUCGCACCCGGCAUACCUCGAACUACAACCGAAGACACCGAUUUCUCGCAGUGCAUUCUUGGUAAGACAGGCUGCUAUCGUGGCAUGGCUGUACUUAUACUUGAAUUGCGCAAACUCUCUAGCCGAUAGAAACUCAUCACCACUGUCAAAGCCUAUUUAUGGCCUAGGAUACCUCCGCGUUUCCAGGGAGGAAUGGCGAACUCGAAUUAUGACCUCGCUAAUGUUCUGGUUUGCGUUCUUGCGGGCAGCUGUGGAUAUCGACUAUCGCACCGCGUCCAUUUUGAGUGUUGGCGUAGGGCUAGACGCUCCGGAAGACUGGCCACCGCUGUUUGGUCGUGCAAACCAAGCCUACACUCUCCGUAAUUUCUGGGGAACAUAUUGGCACCAGAUGUUCCGAUGGCCGUUCACCGCGACAAGCAACUACCUGGCCCGGGAGCUUAUGGCUCUUCCCAGGCCGUCGUUGCUCGAACGAUACACCAACAUCUUCUUUGUCUUUCUCGUUUCAGGCGUGAUGCAUGUCAUGUCUGACCUACUCAUGGGCAUUUCUAUGAGCCAGUCAGCUUCUAUUCUUUUCUUCUGCUCCAUGGCGGUAGGAGUUAUGAUUGAGGAUGCGGUUCAGGCAGCUUGGACUCGAGUCAGUGACAGUCAUCGUCCUGGAGGAGCAUCCACCGUCGACAGUGAUGGAUAUGCUGUGCCUUGCUGGCAUAAGCUUGUGGGGUUCAUCUGGGUGUGUGUCUGGCUUAGUCUCACGACUCCGGCUUGGCUGUGCCCUUUGCAGAUGUCGAAAGAAAAGAGCUUGUUCCUGGUCAAUAUUCCGGAGCUUGUUGGCACACGCAAAGCAAUUGCGAUAACUGUUGGCGGAGGCCUUUUGGUGAAAUAUACCUUUCGUGGAGAGCUCUAG